AUGCCGUCCGUGCCGGCUUCCGGCAAAAUUAUCCGGCUGGAGGUGGAGAACUUCAAGUCAUACAAAGGACACCAGAUAAUCGGCCCGUUCUACGACUUCACGGCCAUAAUCGGCCCCAACGGCGCCGGGAAAUCCAACCUGAUGGACGCCAUAAGCUUCGUGCUCGGUGUUCGUACGGGUCAGCUCCGUGGUGCUCAGCUGCGGGACCUUAUUUACGCGUUUGAUGACCGUGAGAAGGAGCAGAGGGGACGCAGGGCGCAUGUCAUGCUUGUAUACCAGAUGCCGGACGGGUCGGAGCUCGAGUUCACCCGGACGAUUACGCCGGCUGGUGGCAGCGAGUACAGGAUUGGGAACCGCCUCGUGAAUUGGGACGACUAUAAUGGGAAGCUGAAGACACUUGGCAUUCUGGUCAAAGCUCGGAAUUUCCUUGUGUUUCAGGGCGACGUGGAGUCUAUUGCUUCUAAAAAUCCUAAGGAACUGACUGGCCUAAUUGAACAAAUAUCUGGUUCCGAAGACUGCAAAAGGCAGUAUGAAGAGUUAGAAGUACAAAAGGCAGAAGUUGAUGAAAAGGCUGUGCUUGCUCAUCAGAAAAAGAAGACCAUUUCAGCUGAAAAAAAGCAGAAGAAAUUGCAGAAAGAGGAGGCCGAAAAGCAUAUCAGUUUGCAAAAGCAGCUGAAAUGUACGAAGCAAGAACAUUAUCUUUGGCAACUGUUAAACAUAGAGAAGGAUAUUGAAAAAGCAAAUGAGGACUUGGAUGUUGAAGAGAAUAGCCGGAAAGAGAUUGUACAUGAGCUGGAAAAUUAUGAAGCUGAAGCAAAGAAAAAGAGUCGAGAACAAGCUGGUUAUUUGAAAGAGAUUGAAAAGUGUCAGAGGAAGAUCGCAGAGAAGCAGAAUAGACUUGAUAAACAAUCGGAGCUUGCAAAGUUGAAGGAAGAGACUACCCGUAUAACUUCUAAACUGAAGACUACAAAUAAGGAGCUCAGUAAGAAAAAGGAAGAAAAGAGAAAACAUGCGGAGGAGGUUGAACGACUUGAGAAUGACUUGAGCGAUGUGACUAACCAACUUGAAGAGUUGCGUGAAAAAAGCCAGGAUGCUGGUGGAAAGCUUCAGUUGGUUGAUAGUGAACUAGAAACAUAUCACCAGAUUAAAGAGGAAGCUGGGACGAAAACUGCAAAAUUGAAGGAUGAGAAGGAGGUUUUAGACAGGCAGCAGAAUGCUGAUAUUGAAGCGCAGAAGAAUUUGGAAGAAAAUGUUCAGCAGUUGCAAAAUCGGAAGCAGGAGUUGGAGUUGCAGGAGAAACAGAUGCAAAAUAGACUGAAGAAGAACCUAGAUGUGGUCGGAAAACAUAAGGAGGAACUCGCCAGAGUGAGGAAGGAACAACGUGAAAUGAAGGAUAAGCUCGUUGAAUCUAGGCGCAAACACGAUAUGUUGAAGGCAAAAAUUAGUGAUUUAGAUGAUCAGCUGCGGGAAUUAAAGGCUGAUAGGCAUGAAAAUGAGAGGGAUGCCAAGUUGUCUAAGGCAGUUGAAACUCUCAAACAUCUAUUUCCUGGUGUUCAUGGGCGCAUGACUGAUCUCUGCAGACCGACACAAAAGAAGUACAACCUUGCUGUCACUGUUGCUAUGGGUAAAUUCAUGGAUGCAGUUGUAGUUGAGGAUGAAAAUACGGGAAAGGAAUGCAUUAAGUAUUUGAAAGAACAAAGGCUUCCCCCGCAGACAUUUAUACCUCUUUUAUCAGUGCGUGUGAGGCCAGUCAUAGAGAGGUUGCGCACCUUGGGCGGAACUGCAAAGCUGGUUUUUGAUGUGAUACAGUUUGAUCCCAAACUGGAAAAAGCCAUUCUGUUUGCUGUUGGAAACACCUUGGUUUGUGAUGAUCUCAAUGAAGCUAAGCAUCUGAGCUGGACUGGGGAGAGACUAAAAGUUGUGACUACUGAUGGCAUCUUAUUAACCAAAUCUGGUACAAUGACUGGUGGCACAAGUGGCGGAAUGGAAGCACGUUCACAUAAAUGGGAUGACAAGAAAAUUGAAGGGCUUAAGAAGAAAAAAGAAGAUCUGGAAUCAGAAUUGGAAAAGCUUGGAUCAAUUAGAGAAAUGCAGCUUAAAGAGUCUGAAGCAUCUGGAAAAAUUAGCGGCCUUGAAAAGAAGAUUCAAUAUACUGAGAUUGAGAAGAAAAGUAUUGAAGAUAAAUUGAAUAAAUUGAAAGUGGAGAAGCGCAGUAUUGAAGAUGAAAUUGCACGUGUGAAGCCUGAGCUUCAAAAGUUGGAAAAUGUUAUCAACUCAAGGGCAUCAAAAAUUGAAUCACUUGAAAAUAGGAUCAAUGAUAUAGUUGAUCGAAUCUACAAGAAAUUCAGUGAGUCUGUUGGCGUUAAAAACAUUCGUGAAUAUGAAGAAAACCAUCUCAAGGCUAUUGAGCAAAUAGCUGCAGAAAGAUUCAACUUGCACAACCAGCAAUCGAAGCUAAAGUACCAGUUGGAGUAUGAAAAGAAACGGGAUGUGGGUUCACGUAUCACCAAGCUGGAAUCAACAGUUGCUAACUUAAAAAAUGCUUUGAAGGAUGUUGAGAAGAGGCAGAAUGAAUUGAAGACAGCAACGGAGACGGCAAAUGCUGAGAUUGAAGCUUUAAAUGAAGAAGUGCAAGAAUGGAAAUCGAAAGCAGAGGAGUGCGAAAGGGAAAUCCAGGGUUGGAAGAAAAAGAUAUCAGUUGCAACAUCUAAUAUUACCAAGCACAAUCGUCAGAUUAAGUCUAAGGAGGCUCAAAUAGAGCAACUGACUUUGCGAAGGCAAGAUAUACUGGAGAAGUGUGAACUAGAGCAGAUAAACAUUCCAACAGUUGAUGACCCUAUGGAUACUGGAUCAUCAAUCCCAGGGCCGGUUAUCGAUUUUAGUUCACUGAGCAGAUCACUUCAGCAGAAGACAAAACCAUCCGAAAGGGAGAAGAUCGAGGCAGAUUUCCAACUGAAAAUAACUGAGUUUACCACUGAAAUUGGAAGAACGGCUCCUAAUCUGAAGGCACUCGAUCAGUUUGAGGCUGUGCUUGAGAAGGAAAGAGCUGCUUCCAAAGAAUGGGAAGCUGCCAGGGAUGAACAGAACAAAGUAACAGCUGAGUAUAACAAAGUUAAGCAGAGAAGGCAUGAAUUAUUUAUGGCAGCUUUUAAUCACAUUUCGAGCAACAUUGACAAAAUAUACAACGAACUCACAAAGAGCAAUACGCACUCGGUGGGUGGGGUGAGUAGCACACAUGCGGUGGGUGGGACCGCGUAUCUGAAUUUGGAGAACCCUGAUGAGCCUUAUUUAUAUGGAAUAAAGUACAGUGCAAUGCCCCCGACCAAGAGAUAUCGGGAUAUGUCACAGCUAUCUGGUGGUGAGAAGACUGUUGCCGCACUUGCAUUGCUAUUCGCAAUCCACAGUUUCAAGCCUUCACCAUUUUUCAUACUGGACGAAGUAGACGCUGCACUAGACAAUUUAAACGUGGCCAAAGUUGCUAGCUUUAUCCGGUCGAAAUCAUGUGGUGGUGAAAGGAUUGACCGAGAAGCUCAAUUCGGAUCUAGUUUCCAGAGUAUUGUGAUCUCACUUAAGGAUAACUUUUAUGACAAAGCCCAGGCUCUGGUUGGCGUUUAUCGGGAUUCAGACAGAGGCUGUUCAAGGACACUGACCUUUGAUCUGACCAAAUACCGCGAAUCUUGA